CCGCCUGCCGGGGAUCAGAGCGAGGGCCGGCGUUUGUGCCGCGGCGGAGCCCGAGGCCGCUUUCCCCGGACCGGCCCGAGGCCCGUAACGUCACUGGGCGGCGAGGCUCUUCCCCGCCGCCGCUGCCGGGGCCACCAUGUCUGAAGCGGCCGAGGAGCAGCAGCUGAUGGAAACGGCCGCUACCGAGAACGGCCAUGAAGCAGCCCCCGAUGGGGAGCCGCCGAGCGAGGCCGCGAGCGGGACCGGGACCGGGACUGGGACUGGAACCGGGACUGGGACCGGGUCCGGGAGUGGGUCUGGGGCGGCGGCCCCGGUGACUGCGCCUCCUGCGGCCCCAACCGGGAGCCAGAACGGGGUUUUCACCAAGGUUUCCAUGGAAGUAUUAGGGCAGAGUAUGUUAGGAAAGGUGCAUUUCCGAAGUCCUAAGAAAAUGUUUGUAGGUGGCCUCAGUUGGGACACAAGCAAAAAGGACUUGAAAGACUAUUUCACCAAGUUUGGUGAGGUGGUUGAUUGCACGAUAAAGAUGGAUCCUAACACAGGAAGAUCAAGAGGUUUUGGGUUUAUCCUCUUUAAAGAAUCUGCUAGUGUUGAUAAGGUUUUGGAUCAGAAAGAACACAGAUUGGAUGGACGGGUAAUUGAUCCCAAAAAGGCUAUGGCCAUGAAGAAAGAUCCUGUGAAGAAGAUCUUUGUUGGAGGACUUAAUCCAGAAGCUACAGAAGAUAAAAUCCGAGAAUACUUUGGAGACUUUGGAGAGAUCGAAUCUAUUGAACUUCCAAUGGAUCCAAAGACAAACAAAAGAAGAGGAUUUGUAUUCAUCACCUUUAAAGAAGAAGAUCCUGUUAAGAAGAUUUUGGAAAAGAAAUUUCAUAAUGUCGGCGGAAGUAAAUGUGAGAUUAAGGUGGCCCAGCCUAAAGAAGUGUACCAGCAGCAGCAGUACAGCUCUGGGGGCAGCCGAGGAGGCCGGAGCCGAGGAAAUCGAGGAUCGGGAGGUGGUGGAGGAGGAAGCGGGAGUGGUGGCAGCGGAGGCAGUGGAGGGGGAGCUCAAAGUCAAAAUUGGAAUCAAGGUUAUGGCAACUAUUGGAAUCAGGGAUAUGGCAACCAGGGCUAUGGCUAUCAGCAAGGCUAUGGCGGUUACGGCGGCUACGACUACUCCCCUUAUGGCUAUUACGGCUAUGGACCAGGCUACGACUAUAGUCAGGGCAGUACAAAUUAUGGAAAGACUCCAAGGCGUGGUGGUGGUCAUCAGAAUAACUAUAAGCCAUAUUGAGGCAGUCCUGUGCGGUAUGCAGCGGCAUGCUCAGUGUUCAGAGGGACUGCACACGUUUUAUACGGAAAUGCUCUAGGUGGACAUUAAAAUUAUGUACCAAAUUUAACUUUGCAAACUUUCUAUGGCCUGUUCAAUGUGCAUCUUAUUUAAAAUUCCCCCUUGGAAAAUGUCUUUCAUGUUGAAUAUUUACAGAUCUCUAGUUGUCUUAGACAGUGUGUGGUGUGUAAAUGCCAGUCUUAAAGCAAGAUAUUAAUGAAUGAAUUUAUUAAUAGGUUAAACAGCAAUGAUUUUGAGGGUCUGCUUAAAGCCCAGCUCAGCCUCUUGGCUUGAGCAUGGCCUCUGCAAUGCUCUGGUUGUACAGAUGAAAAUGCCUCCUUUUUUUCACCUUUUUAUUUUAUAUUGUUUGUGUCAUACAUUUCCGGCAAUGGAAGUGUUAAUUUUACUGUACUUUUUGGUACCUUUUGGGAAUCUAAUGUAUUGUAAGGUAUUUUACAUGUGUCCUGAUUACCAUGACAUGGAUAUUGAAGCUAUCCUAGCUUUUGAAAUAAAAAAUUAACAAAAAACACACCCCAAACCA